GAGAUAGCUACUACCAGCGCAGUAAACACUGCUUACCUUAACAGUCCUCCCACUGAAGGGUUAAACGGAUUUACCAUCCACGGAGCGGGUUAGUUAUUGUGGCGCAGCGCAGAGCCUCUGGACUGCGCGCUGCAGCGGACGAGCGCUCGAGCGCAACUUCAGUACUCAGUACUGAGCGCCGUCAGCAGUACCAGCAAACAUAAACAAUGGUGGAGCGGCUGUAAACCCAGCUCAACAGAUCGAAUUAGCCCCAUGGACGGGCAUUUCGCGUACAUCGACAUGGAAAACCCGACCGAAAACCCCAGCAAGGCGGCGGAGUACCUGAAAGAGCUCAAUAAGAUCAUCGAGACCCAACAGGAGUUGCUGGAGAAGCAGAAGAAUCGGAUUGAAGCGCUCGAAAAGCAAGUGUGUGAUCUUUGUCAAGAGAACGCGUGCUUGAAGGAUCAGCACCAGAGGCACCUGGCCACCUGCAGACUGCAACAACAGGGCAACAGUCACCCCACGCUGGGUGCCAUAAAGGAGAAUGUGAUCCAAGAAAAGAAUGAAAGUGAAGGCUUGCGUGUCUCAAAUGUCGGUGUGGAAGGAGAGGCUCCGGGUGGUGAGGCGGGCCCCUCUCUAGAAAACAGUGGUGGUUACUUACGAGGGCCGGUGAGCCGCAGUGCCAUCAUCAGUGGCGAGCACUUCGACGGCCCACCACUGUACGCUCACGAGGUACGGCAGCGCCCGCGGCGACCCAAACUCCAGCAUUCCCAGUCGAUCCUUCGCAAACAGGCAGAAGAGGAGGCCAUUAAACGCUCACGAUCACUGUCUGAGAGCUAUGAGCUGUCAACCGACCUCCAAGACAAACAGGUGGAGAUGCUGGAGCGCAAAUAUGGAGGGCGUUUUAUAACCCGACAUGCUGCGCGAACAAUCCAGACUGCCUUCCGCCAAUAUCAGAUGAACAAGAACUUUGAGCGCCUCAGGAGUUCUAUGUCGGAGAACCGCAUGUCCAGGCGCAUAGUUUUGUCCAAUAUGAGAAUGCAGUUUUCGUUUGAAGGACCUGAAAAAGUCCACAGUUCAUAUUUUGAGGGGAAGCAGAUGUCUCUUACAGAUGAUGGUUCUAAACUAGGAGCCUUGGUGCAAUCAGAGCGUGGAGAGAUGGUCCCCACCAACAUGAAGUCGCCUGCGGUCCAGAGUGAUUUCACGGACGCCAUUACAGAGCUGGAGGACGUUUUCUCUCGACAAGUGAAAUCAUUGGCAGAGUCGAUAGAUGAUGCUCUGAACUGUCGCAGCCUACAUGGAGACGAGGGACAGCCAGAGCCAACCAGAGGCCUUCCGGACAGGGAGCAAGAGGUUAUCUACCAGGUCAAGCCUUCACACAGUAGUGAUCGCCGUAAGCGAGACGAGAUGACAGCUUCAUAUAGCGAUGUGACACUUUAUAUAGAUGAGGAAGAGCUCUCCCCUCCUCUUCCUUUAUCACAAUCAGUUGACAGACCCUCUAGCACGGAGUCGGACCUCCGUCUACGUUGUUUGAACUCCUCGCAGGACUACUGGUCUCUAGCACAUAAGGAUGAAAAGGCCGACACGGACACUAGCUGCCGAAGCACCCCGUCUCUGGAGUGUCAAGAGCAGAGAUUGAGGAUAGAUCACCUUCCCCUGCUCACCAUCGAACCUCCCAGCGAUAGCUCGGUUGAGCUGAGUGACCGUUCUGACCGAAGCUCUCUCAAGAGGCAGAACACUUACGAUCGGGGCAUCGCCAGCCAGCAGGGCAGCCCGAAACACAUCCCCUCUCACGCACUACCACCACGGGGACCGGCAAGAGAUGACGAAGCUCCUCGGCAUCGGCCGCGGCAACUGGAGAGCCACCUGGCAAUCAACGGCACUGCCAACCGGCAGAGCAAAUCUGAGUCUGACUUCUCUGACGGCGAUAACGACAGCAUCAACAGCACUUCCAAUUCCAAUGAUACCAUCAACUGCAGUUCGGAGUCCUCAUCCAGGGAUAGUCUUCGAGAGCAGACUCUCAGCAAGCAGACAUAUCAUAAAGAGACCCGCAACAGUUGGGACUCGCCCGCGUUCAGCAAUGAUAUCAUCCGCAAGAGGCACUAUCGUAUCGGCCUGAACCUUUUUAACAAGAAACCUGAAAAAGGCAUCCAAUACCUGAUUGAGCGAGGAUUUGUCCCAGACACACCUGUGGGAGUUGCCCAUUUCCUGUUACAGAGAAAAGGGCUGAGUCGACAGAUGAUUGGCGAGUUCCUGGGCAACAGGCAGAAACAGUUCAACAGAGAUGUUCUUGACUGUGUGGUAGAUGAGAUGGAUUUCUCUGGAAUGGAGCUGGAUGAAGCCUUGAGAAAAUUCCAGGCACAUAUCCGGGUGCAGGGAGAGGCACAGAAGGUGGAGCGACUCAUUGAAGCCUUCAGUCAGCGCUACUGCAUCUGCAACCCGGGGGUGGUGCGUCAAUUUAGGAACCCCGAUACCAUCUUCAUCCUGGCGUUUGCCAUUAUACUCCUCAACACGGACAUGUACAGCCCAAACGUGAAGCCAGAGAGGAAGAUGAAACUGGAGGACUUUGUAAAGAACCUUCGCGGGGUGGACGACGGAGAGGAUAUCCCAAGAGAGAUGUUGGUUGGCAUCUACGAGCGAAUCCGGAAGCGAGAGCUUAAAACUAACGAAGACCACGUCUCCCAGGUGCAGAAGGUGGAGAAACUCAUAGUUGGCAAGAAGCCGAUCGGGUCUCUGCACCAUGGCCUUGGAUGUGUGCUGUCUCUACCACAUCGCAGACUGGUAUGUUACUGCAGGCUGUUCGAAGUGCCUGACCCUAACAAACCUCAGAAGCUGGGUCUCCACCAGAGAGAGAUAUUCCUGUUCAAUGACCUUUUAGUGGUCACUAAGAUUUUCCAGAAGAAGAAGAAUUCGGUGACGUACAGCUUCAGGCAGUCCUUUUCUCUAUACGGGAUGCAGGUGCUUCUGUUUGAAAACCAGUAUUACCCCAAUGGAGUGCGUCUCACUUCAGCUCUUCCAGGCGCAGACAUCAAGGUUCUCAUUAACUUCAACGCCCCCAACCCGCAAGACCGCAAGAAGUUCACCGAUGACCUGCGGGAGUCCAUCGCAGAGGUGCAGGAGAUGGAGAAGUACAGAAUAGAGUCUGAACUGGAGAAGCAGAAAGGUGUGGUCCGUCCCAGCAUUUCCCAGAGCUCAGGGCUAAAGAAAGAGACAGGAAAUGGCAAUCUGAGUCGCACCAGUCUGGAUGACAGUUACGCUAUGGGUGAAGGUCUCAAGAGAAGUGCCCUCAGCAGCUCCUUACGUGACCUUUCAGAUGCAGGCAAGCGGGGGCGCCGCAGCAGUGCAGGAUCUCUAGACAGCAAUAUGGAAGGGUCCAUCAUUAGCAGCCCCCACAUACGGCGUCGGGCCACUUCCAGCCGAGACUGCCCCUCCCGCCAGCAGUCCAUCCCCAGCUCCUCUUCUCUCCUGGGCUCCCUGUUCGGCACCAAGCGGGGAAAGUCGCCCUCUUUGCCUCCCCAGCCCUCGCACACCUCCCACUCCGCCCACCCAACACUCAUCACUCACACCCCUUACCCUUCCAACCUGCACCACACGGCCCGUGACGGCGUCACAGUCACCGAGACCCAGGCCCAGAUGCACCCCCACCACGCUCAGCUUUGCCACAUGCAGAAUCCCCCUCCGUACCACCACCCCCAUCACUACCAGCCCCCAGCACACAUUCAACACCCGUCCCACCAAUACCACCCCCCGCCCGGUCCCUCGUCCUCUCACAGCCACUCGCACGGUCCCCACGGCCACGGGCCACACCCCUCGCACCCCUCCCACUCCCAGCAUGCACCUCACCACCACAGCCAGCCUCCAGCCCCUCCUCCGGCGGCCAGCAGCACCAAGCCCAAACACAGCGGCAUCAGCACUGUGGUUUGAGCCGCUCCACGAACUCUUUCCACAUGGGAAUGGGACCGUUUUUGGCGGGGUGACCGUUGGGCCUCUCUUUAGAUUGUAACAUGCAACGGAUUAUUGCUGCCUACCAGGACACAAACAAAAGGGCAUCUUGUCACACGUCUCAACUCAUCCAGUACCCGUUUCCUCUGGAAAGGGGAGCCACACUGUGUAGCACCGGCCUUCUCGUUUAGGGUGGCUAGAACUCAAAUCAUCAGUUCUUUCCAGUCAUUGCUCAAGUUGUAGAGCCCCAGAUAAAGCUGCUUCUUUUAGGCUCGAUUUUAGAGACUUUCAACCCUCUCGACUUUGGCAGUAAAGCAAGAGCAUGCGCAAAAGACCGUGGCAACUGUUUUCUUGUACUUAUCUACCCAAAAUGCAUUAUCAAAUAGCCUGCUUAUUAGUUUGCAGAAACUAAAGAAUGGUUUGAGAGAAGGGUCUGUCGAAGUCGGUCACAACGAGUGGUGUUCCAGUAUUUAAUGUAGCUGUAGACCACACAUUUCUGUGAUAUAGUUAGGGGACUAUAACGUGCCAAUUAUUAAGCAGUGACUGAGUUAUUCCCAAAAAAAAAGAGAAAAAAGAUUUGCUUUGUGUAUGUCGUGCAUAUAGUAUUUUGUAAAAUAAUAAUAAUAAUAUUACCAGCUAUUAUUAUUAUUGUUAUAGGACAAAAAUGAUCCGAAGCCUCAGAUAAAAUCUCAGUAUUCUCUGUGUACUCUUGACAGAGGAGUUACUAGUUUUCACUGAUACUGAAAAAAAAUGGAAAUUGUUGGUUGCCUUGAAGUUGGAAGAUUCUCCUGGAAUCUCCGGCUUGCGUUUCUCUCCACCUCCUUUGGGAUCUACGUAGCGCAAACCAAUCACAGGGACUGUGGGAAGGGGGAGGGCGGAACAGGCGAGCUCAUCGAUGGAUCCUCCACGGCCUCGAUUCGUCGGUCUCGGCCACUGCUGCAACAUGGUUUUAUUUUUUUAACUAUUUUUUUAGAGAUGAAUAAAUCAAUAUGAAACAAAUGUACGUUUGAAGAUGUUUAUGGUAAAGCCGGUGUGAUGGAGAAGGCUAUUUUGACGUCUAACAUUAGAGGUAGUGUUUGUGUUGGAGGAAAGCAGGCUGCACUUCAAAGCUGAUCGAAUUCUCUCCCUAUAUUUCAAGAGUUAGUUUGUGCAGAGAUGUUGAUUUUUCUCAGCAGGCUGAGCGUGUGCCCUCUUCUGUGUGGAAAUGAAGUAGAUUUGAUACAUAUUCUUCUGUCCUCCUGUGAGAAUGCCUUUCACUUGCUCAGAAACACAGCUAAUGUAAUGUAAUCUAAUGUAAUGUAAACUGCAUAUAAUAUGUAGCAGUGGGUCAGAUGGGUGUGUUCUCACUCGGAAUGGAUUUGAACAUGUUUUUUCACACAUAUCCCCUUUCUCGGUUCAACUUUUGACUUGUUUUAUACUGUAAGUAGAUAAAUGGUGACGGAGCUGUGAUUUGUGUAAUAGUUUCGUGUGUCAACGCUCUUUUAACUCAAGCACAGAGCUUCUGAACAGCACUUUUCUUUGUAAAUAAUCACUUAAUGUACAGAAACCACGGCUGAAAUGAGCUCGCUCUCUUAUGCUGAGACCAGUGUCAGCAGUUACGACAUUUGCUGUGCGUUGUUUCUCUUUUUUCUGAUUUUCUUUCUUUUUUUUUUCUUUUUUUUAAUUAAUUAAUCAUGUGCAAUAUGUAUGUUUCGUUUUGUACAUUCAGAAUUGCGACCAAUUGAUUCGUCGGUUUGUUUGUUUGUUGUUUUUGUUAUAUUUCUAGUAUCAUACGUCAAACCCCAUAUUGUUUCUCGCCCCCACUGACAUCUUGUUCUCCCUGGUCUCUGUUUUACCUGCAACCUACAGUCAGGAAUGUCAACUAAAGUACUCUUGCAUGUAUAUUGUACUAAAUAUUCUCUCGAUAUUGCAUAUUUCCAGAGAUAUUAUCAGUGUUACUGUUGACCGUUGUUAAAUGAGUGAUGAUGAUGAUGAACAUUAAAAUCUGUAGACUGCUCUUGAUUCAAAACAUCUUUAUCCUGUUUCGUAGCGAAAUAGAUUCAGUUAGGAGACAUCUGUUUAUUGUUUAUCUGGGCUUGAAAAAUCAAACACUGAUUUUCAAAUAGUUUAUAAAGGAAAAUAUUAGCCUGUAGCCUAAUCGUAAUGAAGUGCCACAGGGGCACAUCCGUAUAAUAAUAAUAAUAGAAGCUUACGGAUAAUAGAGCAUAAAUCCGUGUCUAUGUCCUUAUCAGACUUCAUAAUUAAUCAGACUAGGACAGCCCAUCUCUGUGUACAAGUGCAAUAAUCCGAAGCCAUUUCUGACUAAAUAACCCACCAUAAAUUCAAAGAACUGUCAACAAAAUGUCACUUUGUAUGUUUUUUUUUUUUUUUUAGGUUUUUUGCCUUUGUGUUGAAUGUUUUUCAUGGAUUUCAGUGCAGUGUAUUGUAAAUGUAUUGUGGUGCUUCAGCUUUGUCAAAACGUCACAAAGCUUUGCAUGCUGAUGCCUAGCACCUCUGGUUGAAAUGUGAGCUUAUUUAAAAAAUGAAGAAAUGUGCUUUCUUUUAAUUAUGUUUUUUCUCAUCUUUUGUUUGUUCGAUUGGUCGGUUUUAUUGUUUUGUUUUGCUUUUUUUAAGUGAUGUUGGCUUGCUGUUACAUUUUAUGCUGUGCCACUGCAUCUCAGCAUGUAUAUCACUUG